UCUUGUCACGACUCUUAUUAAAUUAGCGUUAAUCGAUUCGAACGCUGAAAUCACAUGAUUUAUCGCGAUGGCAUUGUCGAUUUGACAGCUACACACAAUAGGCUUACCGCUUAUCGAUUUUCCGCCGAUUAAACGGCCAAGAUUUUCGUUUAUUUCGCGGAAAUGGCUUCGGGAUUGAUUUAAUGUUUGUAUAUUAUUAUUUGGAUCAAUCAUCGCUUUCUAACGAGUCUGAAGGUCGUUACUCGGGAAUACUGCCAAGUAUUUUAGGUUAUGUUUAUUAUGUCACCUUAAUUAGCGAACGAUGCUUUUACGAUGAUUCCAUCGAACGCUCCGUACAUGUGGAUAAACGUCUUCCGAUUAUAUCUUUCUUAACGGAUAAAUAAGGAUUUGUAAAGUUCAGAGAUGGUUCUAAUAUAAAGUGUGCAAGAAAGCGAGAAAUAUGUAUGGUGCGGUACGUGAAGAAGUCUCAGAAAGUUGGUAUGAUUUGAGCAGUACGAUGAUUCCUAAUGUUAGUUCACCGAUGAACGAUGAAGAGCACUUUUGCAAGUUCAUCUUGUACAAAGAAAUUAAAGACACGAGAGUACGAAUAUGGGAUAUCGUCAUAUUGGUACCGAAUCUCUUGUUUCUUUUAUUCAUCACAGUGAGAUUUAAUAGAGCACGGCUUAAAUUACGAGCAACGAGUAGUCCAAUAUUUUUAGCAUUUUACGUACUUGUCAUUUGUAAUGUAGUAAUUUCAGUGAUAAGAUGUAUCGUUUCGAUGACUGUAAAUGCAGCUACCACUGUUGGUGGUAUCGCAGACAAAAUACUGUGGGUAACAGUGAGAUUUUUCCUGUUAUCCACAGAAAUGAGCGUGGUUAUAUUUGGUUUGGCUUUUGGACAUUUGGAUAGUCGCUCAAGUAUUCGUAGGGUAGUACUUGCAACGUCGUCAAUAGCAUUGGCUUUUACCAUAACUCAAGGAACCUUGGAGUUAAUUUUACCAGACGAUACAUUCCUUAUUCCCAGUAGAAAUUUUUAUGUGUUUGGUCACGGGGGAAUGAUGUUUUGGUUUUGCAGCAGUCUCGUUUUCACUAUGAUAUAUCUUUUUAUAUUAAUACUGCCAUGGACACGGUUACGAGACCGUUUAACCCUUCCAACAAAAAAAUGUUUUUACGUAUAUGCUGGUACAUUAGCCAUGCUAGACUUAGUACAAUCAAUUGGUGCAGGCUUUUUAAACUAUACGCAAAGUCCUGUAGGAUUAUGUGUCGUCGAUAUCACUACAGCGGUUUAUUUGACUCUUUUUACACCUUUGGUUUAUCACACAUUCCUGUCUGAAUUCUUUGGAGUGUCGCAACCUUCGAUAAUGUUCUCGUACAAGGCACAAGUAGACGAUGCAAUGGACGAAGACACGGUAUCGUUGCCACAUCAACAGAGCUUCUCCUCGUUAAGAACAGACAGCGAUUAUAUUUAUCAGGUCCAUGCUCCAUCUAUUCACAUGCCCUUGUAUGGCCCGCAAGCGUUAAAAUUAUUUCCAUCAGCGCAUAAAACCUCUUUACGCUCCUUAGCAUCCAUCAAAGAUUCUAAAAGUGGUAGCGGACACACUUAUGACUCCUCGGGUGUUUCGUACCAAUCCACAUCGGGCAUUAAAAGUUCCACCAGACGUCUGAGCGCAGAGAAAAGCAUUUUUGAUUUCAAGAACUAUCCUUUAACGAAAUCCGACAAUUUUAUCGACUCUAAAAGUUUGUUUGAUCUACGGUAUCCUCGCAAUGUCUGGAAGAGCCGGUCUACGUCGCAUUUCAAAUACGGUGAACCUAGUAACAUCACGAAUUUGCCUUUCUCGCCAAGCACCGCUAGUAGCUUCCUGUAUAAACCCGGGGAGAACGAUAGCAGCAUAAACUUGUUCUCACCGACGAGGAAAGGUAGCCUGGUACACGAGCGAAAACGGUCGGACGGGAACAUAUCCAGCCAGUAUUUCGAAAUUCCACCGCUAGAAAAGCUACAGUCGAUUCUCGAUAACAGCAUGAACAGUUCCGAAGCGAAAUAUAGCACGCCUAGCGAAGAGACUUUGAGGAAAGAUAGCACAAUCGCACAAGCUUUACAAAAUAUAGAAAGUAAAGAAUCGAGUCCUUUGAAGCGAUACAGUGACACCGAAAUGUCUGAAAUCGAUGUCGAAGAUACGUUAUCCGAUUCAACGGAUAAUUCAAAUGUUACGCAACAGUUAUUGUUCAAAACUGACUCUUCGACGAGCGAAGAGAUGUUUAGAAAACGAAAGAAGAAAGACACAACCGUAAAAGAGCCCGGUGGACUGAGCGAUUACUUACUGUCUCUGACAAUUCCGAGCACACAAAGAGACGAGAAAAGUACCGAGACAGAUCCUAGUCCUUCUCCCUCCCGACACGCUAAAUCUUACAUGCAGACUGAAUCGUUGUAAAUAUUCGUUAUAUUAAUCCGUGUAAGGUCUAAGUCAUUACGUGUAGUUGUAUAUAAGAGAAUUUUUAUCUUUUAAACUCGAUUCAUUUCUUAAUUAAAUAAUAGUGAAGUCCCGUUCUCGGAUGAAGAAAUCACAACGCGUCUUUUGCGUUGCUUCAUUAAAUAACUACAUAGAUGUAUCAUAGUGUAAAAUAGAAAAGCGCACAAAAUGCUUUAUUAUCUGUACAUAUACAGCAUGUCUAGAUUUAAUUAAACUCAUUAAUGUAGCUGA